AUGGCAUGCACUGUCCCAACAUGUCAAGCCAUUUUCCAUGGAAAAUGUCUAAACGCAGACGAGAGUGAGUUUGAAGCACUGAGGGCAUUACGAAAAAAUUGGGAAUGCCCGAAAUGUGAAAAGGCACGGAAAAAUAUCCAACCGACAGACAAGUGUCUCAGCCCGCCAAGAUCGGCGCCACAACAACAAACUGUCGACAGCACGUCACAACUGUUACUUGCUGCCAUUAAAAAUUUAACAGAAGAGGUCAAGGGAUUAAAAUUCUCCCUCGAUGCCAAUGCUAACGAGAUUCGGUGGGUGUCCUUAGAGUGGGCGGAAGGUUGUGGAAUACACCACCAUCUGAGGAUCUAA